CUGCAAGAUGGCCACCGUAAACGUUAACCGCAGUGUGACGGACAUCUUCUAUCGCUACAAGAUGCCGCGUCUGCAGGCCAAGGUGGAGGGCAAGGGAAAUGGCAUCAAGACCGUUCUGGUCAACAUGGCCGAAGUGGCCAGGGCCAUUGGACGUCCGGCCACCUAUCCCACUAAGUACUUUGGCUGCGAGUUGGGCGCCCAAACGCUGUUCGAUCAUAAGAAUGAACGCUUUGUCGUCAAUGGUUCGCACGAUGUGAACAAGCUGCAGGACUUGCUGGACGGUUUUAUUCGCAAGUUUGUGCUUUGCCCCGAGUGCGACAAUCCGGAGACCAAUUUGACUGUGUCCGCCAAGAACCAGACCAUUUCGCAGUCAUGCAAGGCAUGCGGCUUCCACGGUCUGCUGAAGGUCAACCACAAGGUGAACACGUUCAUUGUGAAGAACCCUCCAUCGCUGAACCCGGCCGCCCAGGGAUCGUCGCUGACCGAGGGAAAACGCUCGAAGAAGCAUAAGAAGAACGAUAACGCCGAUGGCUCCAUGACCAACAACUCUGGUGGUGAAUCAGAUGGCGGCAAUGGCACAAACCAGGCUAGCCAAACUGAGGCCGAAAUUAGUGCUGCCAUUCCGGAGAAAACUUCUCAGGAUGAUGACGACGAGGGGUGGAGUGUCGAUGUCUCGAAGGAGGCUAUACGUGCCCGUUUGCAAGAUCUGACGGACGGUGCUAAGGGCAUGACUAUUUCGGAUGACUAUGACAAAACUGAAAAGGAGCGCAUCGAUCUGUUCUACGAGCUGGUAAAGGACAAGCGGGACAAGCAACUAUUGCAGGAUGUUCAAGUUCAUAAGGAACUGGUGAUCGAAGCGGAACGUUUGGAUAUUUUGAACAAAUCUCCUCUGGUACUGGCUGAGCUUCUUUUCACUGAAAACAUUAUCAAAGACGUGCACAAGCACCGUAAAUUGAUCCUUCGCUUCACAUUUGAUAAUCCAAAAGCCCAGCGUUAUCUUAUUGGCGGAAUCGAACAAACUGUCGAGCUUCAUAAAGCUACACUUAUGAGCAAGGUGGCUGGAAUCUUUAAAGUCUUCUAUGAUUUAGACAUACUCGAGGAAGCCGUCAUUCUGGAGUGGGCGCAGAAGGUUAGCAAGAAAAAUGUCCCCAAACACAUUGCUGCCGAGAUUCACGAGAAAGUAAAGCCGUUUGUUCAGUGGCUUGAAAAUGCUCAGGAAGAAGAAUCUGACUCUGAAGAAGAAUCCGAUGAGGAUGACGGCGGCUAUGGUAUGCUAAAAGACUACAGCGCGAACAGCACGAACAUCACUAAAGAAAGAGUCAAAAAAAUCGAAGAAGCGGACGAUGAGGAGGAAAUAAACAUCGAUGAAAUCUAAGCAACAGCAACUCCCGAUCAGUAGUAUUUGAAAACGGAAAGCCAAGCAAGCGCAAUCUACAAAUUCAAAAUGAAAUAUAAAUUAGCGAGUUAAAUCAACAAGUGGUUCUUUGAUCUUUAGUUUUUAAAAUUGCUUAUCGCAAAAGCCUUUAAGCACUACCGUAUUGCUUUAUUUUGAUUUAUCGCUUUACUACCAUUCAAUUGUUAGCAUUACAUUACCCAAGCCGCUGUAACAAUAGACGAUAUCUGAAUUACACCAACACAUAUAUUACAAAAUAAAGCAAGCAAAAAAACGUAAAAGAAACAAA